AGUACUUUCCCUGUGGGGACCCCCAGGGGCCGCCCCGCGCGCGCGAACUAGGAAUGGACCAAAACUUCGAACCUAUUGCCGGAGAUCCUUUGGCCCGUUGAGCCGGCGAAUGCACUGCCGCCCUCGCUGAAUGUGCGUGAGAAGCUCUCUGGCUGGUGUCUGUGUAUGGGUUUUUGGUGGCGCAGGCGAGAAUGUGACAAUCCUGGUGGGGGACAAGUUCGUCAUCGGCGAGGUGGCGAGGUGGCCCGAAGGCUCCAAGCAGGGCGUGGGCCUGAACCGGUCAUACCUGGUGCGGGUGUCCGCGGACGGCUUCGAGACGAGGAAGCAUUUCGAGGUCUACAAGAUCCAGCCCAACAGCAAGCCCAAGGGGGGCGGCGCGGGUAGCAGCGGCAGCGCUGGCGGCGCGGUGGCGAUGUCCACCGACCUGGUAGCCGUGGACGGCAAGGUCCGCGACAUGACAGAAACAGGCGACAAGAACACGGAUGACGCGAAACACAUCAUCGAGGUGAAGGCUUACCUCCGCGAAAUGAGCAGGAUGCCCCCCGAGGACUACAAGCUGGUCAUGAGGAGGCUUUUCAAGACCUGGCACCCGGACAAGGUGGGAGACACGCCAGUUGCCAACAAGGUGUUCCUCCUGCUGCGGCGGCACGAGAACUGGUUCAAGAGGAAGCAGGCCGGGGAGAACGUCGGGGACGACACCUGGCUGGACAAGGAGGAGGAGACCAGCGAGGACAAGGGGAAAGGCCCGAUCUUGCCAUUGCCAGGGCGGCAGUACGAGAAGCAGGAGGGCUCCAUGGGAUCGUGGUUCGACGAGUUCCAGCGCGAAAUGGAGCAAUCGGCGCUGGCAAAGACCGCCAAAGCCAAGACGAAGGCCGGGCCAGAAGUCAUCGCCCCCAGGGUACAGCUGGUAGGCGACACCUCGCACUGGCAGGAGUACGAGAGGACCGAUGGUAAGAUGUUCGGCAACCGCAUCAUCGACCGCACACAGGCCCCCAAGUGGCUCCAGCAGGCACGCCUGGAGUUCGUGGCCGCGAAGAGGAUGGUCUGCCCCGCGGGCGACCUGCGGAGCCUGCCCUCCGCCGGGGUGUGGCACAGCCAGCAGGUGGUCGAGAUGGCGGUGAAGUCCGCCAUGCUUCGCACGUGCGGCGUCGCCGAGGACGAGGUCACCGGAGGCGCCGCGCACGACGUCGAGUGCUUCAUCCGCCGGCUGGUCGCGACCGCGGUCAACACCGAGGAGCAGCGGCGCGCGCAGCUGGUGCCCGGCACCGACGCCGACAUCAUGUGGCUGAAGGCGAGCUACCUGGGCGCGCGCUACCCGCGAGACUCGCGGGACGGCAUCCCAGGCCUGAAGUACACCGCCGGCGACGCGGACCGCGCGCUGGCGCUCGCGGAGGCGUUCUUGAUCUGGGCCGCGCACGUCGAGGACCUGCCAGACCCGUCCAAGAUGCCGAUCAAGCCGGCCGUGGCGGAGGGGGUCGACCGCAACAAGGCCGUGCAGGACGAGCUGAAGGAGGCGUCCAAGACCGCCAGGGUGGUGCCGCCUCCGGACAGCGUCAUGCUGGCGUCGGCGAACUGCGUGGGCGCGGCGGCGGCGGGCCCCGCGGGCGCGCCCAAGGCCCUGGCGCCAGACGCCGCGGCCGGCAAGCGGCCGGCCGAGGACGAGCUCGUGGACGACACCGCGAUCAAGAAGGCCAGAAGGUGGACGAGGAAGUGAGGGCUCGUGGCCUGCUGCUGCUCCUCGUGCUCCCCGGAGGGGGCGGACGGUGUGUGCCUGCGGCAGGCGCGCCAGCCAGCUCGGAGGAGGAACAGAGGCUGCCACCGCGCUCCCCCCCCUGCCUCGCUUUCGC